AUGGCUUUCUGGGAACGGCAAGAGGAGCAAAGCGAGGAGGUGAAGCAGCGCGCAAGGGGGAGGCGAGGCGUCAGGCGCCCAAUUGAGUGGGAGCGUCAAAAAGGCCACAUCCCACACAUGUCUCGUCGUAACAUUACAAAUGGCAUGCGCGCAUGUGGGUUUGUGCCGCGUGCACAGUGCACAGCAGGAGGGGGGAAAAAGAGCGUCUCAGAAAGUCAUUUACACACUUCCACCGUCGAGGCAGUGCGGGUCUGUCGGUGGUGGUGGGGCAAACUUUUCUAUUGUCGUAACGAUACACGCAAGUUGCUUGUUCCAAACGCUUUGCUUCUCUGCACGCUUUUCCAUCGCCGCGUGAGCCACCCCCUUGUGCAUCCAGUCAGCACAGAUUGA